UCCAGGUCCCGGUCGUCUUCACCUCCUCCAGCCGCCAGACAUGCGCUUCACCGUGGAGGAGAGGGGAGCCCCCAACUCCCUGAGCUUUCGCCUGUUCUACAAAAAUGCAGAAGGAAAAUACAUCUCCCCAUUCCACGACAUUCCGAUGUAUGCUGAUGAGAGCCAGAACAUCUUCCACAUGGUUGUUGAAGUACCAAGAUGGACAAAUGCAAAGAUGGAGAUUGCUACCAAAGAACUCCUAAACCCGAUAAAGCAAGAUGUGAAGAAGGGCAAGCUGCGAUAUGUCGCCAAUGUUUUCCCACAUAGAGGCUACAUAUGGAACUAUGGAGCCAUUCCCCAGACAUGGGAAGAUCCCACACACAAGGACGGAGACACUGACUGCUAUGGUGACAACGACCCCAUCGAUGUCUGUGAAAUCGGAAGCAAGGUGUGUGCCCGUGGGGAGGUAAUGAAAGUGAAGGUGCUCGGGGUCCUGGCCAUGAUCGAUGAGGGCGAGACUGAUUGGAAAGUGAUUGCGAUCAAUGUAGAGGACCCAGAAGCCAAAGACUUGAACAACAUCAGUGACGUCCGGCGUCUGAAACCCGGCUACCUGGAGGCCACAAUGGACUGGUUCAGGAGAUACAAAGUGCCUGAUGGGAAACCAGAAAACCGGUUUGCUUUCAAUGACGAGUUCAAAGACAAGGACUUUGCCAUCGAAGUUAUCAAGAGCACUCACACCUUCUGGAAGGACCUCAUCUCCAAACCGAGCAACGCUGGUGAACUGAACUGCAAAAACACCUGUGUCUCUGAAGGCGACAGCUGUCACUGCUGCUCAGCGGAUGAGGCGAAAGCUGCUGUUGAGAUGCAUCCUUUGGGAAAAGCAGAAUAUGUCCCCUCAUCAGUGGAUAAAUGGUUCUACUAUGAGAAGAAGUAAUCAAGAGGCUGUUUG